AUGUCCACGGCUGCAGAUGACUUAGACGAUGGCUUGCUAUAUGAUAUGGAGUCACACGAUGGGGUAGAUGUCGCUCCAUCCAACACCGAUGACGGAUAUCAGCUGGACAUAGAGACAACAGUUGAGACUAGCGAUGAGCCACCUAAGAAAGUUGAAAGCACCAAAAAGAGAGCUGCGCCAUCAUCCAAAUUCCAGGAAAAGAAGAAAAUGAAAAUGCAAAUUGACGUUGACCGCAAGAAAGGUAUCUCUCUCGAGUCUUCUGUUGAUGCAAUUGCCGAUUAUAUCAACGAGUCGUUGAGAAGAAAGAAUUCGGAUCUUUCCGCCUUGGAAUUGGCAGAGAUGUAUUUCAAAAAAACCGAUUUCCGUUCAACCUCCGAAUUUACUGAGCCAAGAGUCCCAGAAAAUCUCUCGAAGUUCAUUCUUGGUAGAUUCAAGAAUAUGCUUCCAACCUCGACACCUGGCAAGAAAAAUGACAAUAAAGACAAAAAGAAGAAUAAGAAGGACAAAUAUAAGAAGAAGGACAACAAGGGAAGCUCUGAGGGACUACUGCAGCCCGAAGGCGCAGAGCGUAAAUUUAUCGCCAUCCUUUCAAUGUCAGCUCUUCGCGCCUGUGACGUUCACAGAGCCCUUAAUGAGAUUCCAGGCUCCUCAUUGAAGCUCAUCAACAAGAACAAAAUUGAUGUUGAUUUAAAACUUGUCAAGAGCACCUGGUCCCGUGUGUUGUGCUGCACUCCUGGCCGUUUACAGAAGGUCUUAGCUACAGAGGAUCUGCCACUCAAAAAGGAGGAAAUCAAGAUUGUCAUUGUAGACAACUCGUAUCUUGAUCAAAAGAUGCAGAACGUCUUCAACAUAGCAGAGACCUGUGCAACUUUGAAAGAGUUGACCGAGGGCGGUGCCAAAAUCUACAUGUUCUAG